AUGAUGCCAUUGGUGCCAAUAGCACGUGUUGCAUCCCAAAGAAUGUCAAAUUCAUCAUCUCCAUCAAGUUCAAAAAAAACCAGUGCAGAAGAAAUUCCUCGUAAAAUAAUAAAAGGCUUCUUUGCGAUAUGUCAAAGUUGUGGAUUUAGUGGUGUUGACCACGCCAAGUGUGAGCGCUGCAAACGAGUUUUUUUGGAACCACCGACGCGCGUGCCCUUUAAAUCAAGCACAAUUAGUAGUGAUUCGUCACACAUAAAAAAUCCCAAUGACAUAACAGAGAAAAAGCAAGGAAGUGAAAAUAGUUCUCGUGGUCGCGGGUCUCGUGGUCGCGGGGCUCAACGAGGACGCUCAUCGAGAACUACCCGCAAAGCUGAGCCUGUAAUUAUAAAUCUGAGUAGUGAUGAAGAAUCCGACGACGAAUUGAAUAAUUCCAAAAGGCCAACAUAUUCCCAGCCGUUAAUUGCUCUCAAAUCUAACGAGGAUAUUAAACCCCAAUUAUACGGGAAUGAUAAAAGAACUUUACUUAUAUAUCCAUCUGGUAAAUGUGGAAUAUCUAUAAACACUGAAGAUUACAAAUGUCUUGGCACAGAUCAAUAUUUAAAUGACAUAAUAAUUGAUUUCUACCUUAAAUGGCUUCAUAAUAACAUUAUACCAAAAGAAGAGCGCGAAAAAACUUAUAUCUUUAGUACGUUUUUCUACAAGCGUUUAACUACUCUGGUACGUAGCCAGCAACAAGCAGAUAAAAAUAUAAAGCAAACAGCCGCUCAAAAGCGACAUGCAGGUGUUCAGAAUUGGACCAAAAAUGUCCAUUUAUUCGACAAGGACUUUAUAAUUAUACCUUGUAAUGUGCAAUCUCACUGGUUUCUCGCCAUUAUAUGCUUUCCGAAAUUAAAAGGACCUGUUACAUAUGACACAAAUAUACCUGUGGAAUUACAACAAAUCAAGAAGCAAAGAGAAAAGAAAAUUGGGGACAUUGGGAUUGGGAACACAACAAUUACUCCACUAUCAAAACGUGAUAGCAAUCGUAAGCUUUUAGCUGAUAUUGUAGGAGUAAGUGACGAUCAUGAUAGUGUCAGAGAUGAAGAGAAACAACCAAUUAAACAACCGUUAAUCCUUAUAUUCGACUCACUAGCAGGUGCGGGUCGUAGUCGUGUUGUAGCUACAUUACGUGACUAUUUAUCAUGUGAAUAUAAAUUGAAAAUGGCCAAUGCGACUCCGCACGUUUUCAAUAAAGAGAAUAUGCCUGGGCACUGUGUAAAAGUACCACAGCAAACGAAUUCCACCGACUGUGGACUUUUUCUGUUACAGUAUGUCGAGCAGUUUUUUAAAGAUCCUGUUACAGAUUAUAGACUCCCUAUAAAAUUGUGUAAUUGGUUCGAUACCUUGACAGUGACACGAAAACGUGAAGAGAUCUCUAAUCUGCUGCAACAACUUUUAAACGAAAAAUACGGAGUAGGUCAUCAAAUUGUUUUACCUAAAAUAUCUUUUCCCACAUUGAAUGGGCAGCUAGUUGAAUCGCAUGAUGAAUAUAAUAUUGAAUUUGAAGAAGACGGAAUGGAUUAUGAAACAGCGGAAGAGGAGGAAGAACUUACUAGUGGUGUUGAUGGUGAUUUAGAUGUAGACUCCGACGAAUUAAGUCAAUCUCCAGUUCCACCAAAAACAACUGCUGUCGUACCAACACAUAGCCGACCCUUAUUACCACGAUGCGCAAUACUUUAGUAAAAAUACGCAAACUAGAUUAAUAUUUCAUUUUUCAUUUCAUCAUUUUUUU